AUGUCUCGCCACCUGUGGCUAAGGGCAGCGUUUACUUUACUCGCGAUAUCAGGUGCGAGCUGCCUGCGGGAUGUCAGCUUGGAAAUAGUUCCGGAGGCGGUGCAACGUGGUCAGAAGGCGAUGCUACGGUGCCAUUACGAUCUCGAGGAGGCGCCCCUUUACUCCCUCAAGUGGUACCGUGGCAGGCACGAGUUCUACCGUUUCACACCCAGCGAGGAUCCGGCCACCAAAAUCUUCAACAUCACCGGGAUCCACGUUGACGUUGCCAACUCGAACAAGAGCCAGGUAACGCUGCGCGACGUCGACUUCGGCCUCUCGGGUACAUUCAGUUGCGAAGUUACGGCAGACGCGCCGACCUUCUCCACCGCCUCCGUCUCGAAAAAUCUCACGGUAGUGUCUUUACCCGAGGGCACGCCCAUUAUCGUAUCGGAACGUGAACGCUACGACCCCGGAGACACUUUGAGGGCAAAUUGUAGCUUACCACCCUCGAAGCCGCCGGCUCAUCUCUCAUUCACCCUGAACAACGUGGCGGUGGAUUCCUAUACAAAACAUCAGCCGCAGCAGUAUCCGCCGCCGAAGUGGGAUCACAACGACGCCGCGACCCACGGCGAUCAGCAGGAGAAUCUUCAAUGGAUCGAGAUCAGGGUGAACCUUCAACCGUUCUAUUACUCGAACGGCCAGCUGAAUCUGCGAUGCAGCGCCCAGAUUCCCGGCAUAUAUUCGGCGAUAAGCGAGGUGCAGCUUGGAGCCGGUCUGCGUGAACCCGUGCCAGAGCGAGUGACCUCCGAAAACGGAAGCGAGGCUUCUACGGCCGCCUAUCUGACGAUGCUGAUGCUGUACAUGCUCCAGCUACUUCUGAGAUAG